CUCGUCUCGUAAUCUCGUAUAUAGUAUACACCAUAAUAACCUAAGGACACUGCCCCAAAAGGGUGAAAUGGAGGAGACUUGCACGGCUUGCCUGGGCUUGGCGCGCGAGCAGCAAGAUGACCAGUGUUGAACGUUAGGAUGCAUAAACUUGAAGACAUCGACGUUAAUCCUCACCGUGGUUUCGGGUUGUAAACGUAUUGUCGGGAAACUGAACUAGUGUAGACAGCUGCAGCUCAUGAAACGGCAGACUGUAACACAUUUACAAACUAGUCAGAGUGAGUGCUUGGAGAAAACAAAGAGGCGGCGUUGCAGCUUAAGAGACCAGGCGCAGCAUCAGCGCACUGGCUCGGUAGCUGCUUCCCCGGGCAAGGCGCAACUACGGCCACCGCCAGCCGAGCAACCCGCAGCUGCGACCGAUGGCAAAAGACGAAGCCAUGAGACAGCAGCUCACACGGCGGUUCGGGGCACCGGCCCCCAGCAGGCCAGCACGACGCUUAGGGGUGCUGCCCAGGCCUGCACGGGUCCCCGCAAGCCUACACGCACCCUCCACGCCUUGCAGACCGGCAGCGAGGGCGCCGGCAGGACCAGCACCCAGCAGACAACCGGGGUGGACUGUGACGCUGGGGACAGCAGCGAAGGACGGGGCGAGGAUACCGGCAGCUACAGCAGCCGCGGGGAAGACAGCAGCCACAACGGAUGGGACGCCACUACCAGGCCAAGCGGUGCUGAUGCUGAUGCUGCCGGCGUAGAACACGACAGCGACCACAGCAUCGGCAGUACCGCCUCGGAAUAUGAAGAAGACGAAGAGCCGCGAGGGGCCGGCAAGGGCGAUAGCAGCCACGAGGUGGCUGCGGACCCUGCACCCGCCCCAGCUGCAGCCUCCGGUGUACUCUACUCUGACGCUCGAGCCAGCCUGCCGCUUCCGGAACGCCACGUGCUGGAGUGGUUUCGGAGCUUCUACGGGGCAGCAGACCAGGGCGGCGGCAUGGAGGAAAGGGAUGGUGCGGUGAAGAGAAAGCGCGGGCGGCCCCGGGGCAGCUGCCACCGCGACGCUGCUGGGGAGCUGCAACCCUCCCUGGCGCCUUGGAAGGUGUGGCUGCGGAUCGAGCUGGUACGGCAGGCCGCGGAGGGCGGUAGCAGUGGGCAGCAGGCGGGUGACGGGGGCAGGGAUCAGGUGCGGCGACUGCUGGGGGCGCUGGGGCCGCAUGAGGCGCGUGUUGUGACGGCGAGAGGGCAGGAGAAGUACGGCCUGAGGCUGCCCAAGUCCGUACGCAACCUGCUGGAGGGCUGUCGGAUCCUGGGCUACACCUGCAGCUCCGCAGCAGCCGGCGGGACUCCGCACCAAGGGGGGCCACCUGGGGGUGUCAGCGGCGGCGGGGGAGACCGACGCCUCCGUGGCGGCCGGCGCAGCAGCGGCAGAGGAUCCGAAGCCGGUGCUGCUGCUGCUGUUGGCGCCGGCAGCCUGGUGACAGUGCGGGUGUUGCCGCCGGGAGGGGCUGCUGCUGCGGGGGCAGAGGAUUCCCCGGGAGAUGAUGGUGGCGGGGCGGUGGGGAGAAGGGCAGGAGGCGCUGGGGGGAAACAGCAGGGGAGGAGGUGUUCGUUUAAGCGGCUCCGACAGCCGCCUGCUGAGAAGGAGGAGGAGGAGCAGGACGUCGGGGGCGGGAAGGUUGACGGAGAUGCGCAUGGGGACUUGAACUCCGGCGGGCAGCAGCAGCAGAAACAGCAGCAGCACGACGGCUCCCUUACAAAAGCAGCGGGAGCAACGGCAAGGGUAAAGGCAGGGACUAGCCAGCAAGCUGCCGCGGGGGCGGAUGCGGGUCCUUCUUCCUCCCUGCAUCUGCAGCGGGGGCCGGAGAACCUUCGGGAGGGCGAUACUGAGGCCGAUGCCGUACCUGCGAUAGCUCCACGUGAAGCGGUGACGUUACCGGUACCGGCUGCGGACCCUCCACCGCAACAACAGCCCCAGCAGCAGCAGCCGGGGAAUGAUGGCAUAAAACCGCCGGCCAAGCGCAGGGGCAGGCCUCGCAAGCAACCACCGCCUGCCCCUGCUCCUGCUCCUGCAGCAGCGGCUGCCGCUCUUGCCAGUCCUGCUGCCGCUGCGGCCCCUCCCGCACAGCAGCAGCCUCAGCCGGGGGGUGAGGAGGGUGUAGAGCGGCCGGCCAAGAGCAGGGGCAGGCCACGUAAGCACCCACCGCCUCCUCCUCCUGCAACAGCAGCUGCCUCUCCUGCCAGUCCUCCUGCUGCCGUCGCCGCCGCAGCGCCUAGCGUGCCGAGCCCUGCCGCUGCUCCCACUGCUGCUCACGCUCGGACGCUGCAUGCUGGCGUCAAGACGGAGCCUCAGGCGGACCUCCCUGUCGGCGCUGGUACGGCAUCCGUGCGGCCGGCCGGGGCGCCUGGUAGCCCGGCACUGCCGGCUGGCGGCCCUGCAGCAGCUGUAGCAGCCGGCAGCACACGUCCUGCUGCUGCGCGCCAGCCUCCCACCUGGGCGGCUUCGGCGGCGGACCCGGCAGCAGCUCAGAGGGAAGCACCACAGCAGCAGCUGCAGUCACCACAGCAGUGGCAGCAGCAGCAGCAGCCACAAGUGCUGGCCGCUGGGGCUGCCGCAGGCAGCUGCCCGCCAGCACCGCUUAGCCUAACACGUGCAGGCGGCGGUGGUGGGGGUGGGGGUGGGGGUGGCGCCGCUCCUGCGGGAGGGCCGCGAAUGCCACGAGGCAGGUCACAUGGCUGGCGGCGCUGCAGUGACAUCACAGCGGGACCUCCCCCAGCAGCGGUUGGGGAUGGGGUAGGCGGUGGUGCAGCUGCGGGUGGCAUGCAAGCAGGCGCUAUGGGGAUUUGCCAUGGCGUUAAGGUGGAGGACGCAGCAGCUGCUGCGCUGGGCCCUGCUGCUGCAGGGGCCCAAAGUGCUGCAGGGGAAGCGGGGCCACUGCCACGGACAGCGGAGACUGCCCUGGCAGCGGAGGCCGCUGCAGCAGCAGCAGCUGAGGGCUCUCCGGCUGUCCUCAAUCCCGGGGGGCUGCACCCGUCAGCGGCAGGGCACCCGCCUGCAGGCACCCGCAAUGCAGGUCAGGAGGAGCAGGCAGCGUGCUGCCCGCACCUUGUCCGCAUCCAGGCGCAGCUGCGGGGAAUGCUGGGGGAGAUAGCGGGGCUAGAGCGGCGGCUAUCGCAGCGCAUGGCUGUGGCCUUCCCCGGCGGUACCCCGGAGGCCCACACGGCACUGGAGGAGGGCCCCGCUGGUGGGAUGAGGCGCCUCAUCGUGUGUAUGGCGGACAUGCGUGCGGGGCUGGAGAGGGCGGUUGCCUCCGCAGCCGCCUGGCCGCCAUGCCCCGUGUCCACAUCAUGCUCAUCG